UGACGCGCAAGCGCAAAGUGUAAUUCCCUAUUCUUGUAAAUAAAUAAAUUGGCAAUAUAAUGCGUGGCAAUAUAAUAAGCUGAUAUAACUUUUCCCAAUUAUUUUGGUUAAAUUAAACGUUAAAUAUGUAAACCUUAUAAACAAAUAAAGAUACUUAAGAUUUGACAAACUUCAACUUACCAUUUACGAGAUAAGCAAGAUAUAAAAGUCACAAACUUUCACGUCGUGUAAAAAGUGUCGAAACAAGUAGAGCAUCAAAAGAUGUACAUUCACCGAGUACUGCGACAGUUCGAAUUGAAGCAUAAUCAGUGAUUUAUCUUAUUGUUUAGCAUUAUUUAUUAUUCAAUAUAAUAUGUUUAAAUUUUUUUAUUUACAACUUUUUAUGAUAACUUUUAUACUAGCAGGCGUUGUAAAACAGGGACAAAAACCUCAUCCAGAUACAGUCCGGAAAUUGAAUGAUAAGGCAACAGAUGAUGAUAUUGACGUGAUUUCAUUGAAGAAACAACUUUUUCAGGAUAUCUUUAUGGAGCACCAGAAGAAUGAUAAAUUACAAUUUGGCUACGUGUGCGAGAACCCAAUGCAAUGGGAGCAAAGAUUCGAAGAAAAAGAUCUAUCAGAAAAUCGACAUCGAGGAAAGGUGAAAUGGGGAAACGUAGACGGAAGCUAUGGUGAACACUACUGGGAUCUAAACCAUAAAUAAAUCCCUAUAAAGUAUCUCAAUAUAUGUAGGUCAGGAUUUGAGUAAAUAAUUGUUUCAUUCACAUAUAGGACAACCUUUAUUAUUUAAUACAUCACCAAUAUAUAACAUAAUACUACGAAUUAUUAUUACAAUAUUAAUAUUAUUAUUAUAUCGGUUGCAAUCUGAGUUUUUUUAAUUGUGUUGCUUGCGUGCAUAUGUGAUACGUGUACAUACGCGUGCGCACUCGUGUAUACAUACAUAUCAUUUAAUUUCAUAUAAAUAAACAAAUAAAUACAUAUA